GGGUCACUGUGCUCAGCUCAUGUAAAUGAAUUGAAGUCAUGUAUGGUCUGUACAGAGAGUGAGAUGCUUUCUCACAAACACACCUUUCUAUCUGAUUUCCGGUUGAAGCGGUUUAACAAAGGAGAAGAAACCCGGUGGGGGGGUCGCAUGCUGACCAGCAGCUGCAUGACUGUUUUUUAUUUUCUAAUACGGGACGCUGUGUGUGUGUGUAUAAAAGGGAUACAACCCCCCCCCCCCCCCCCCCCCCAGGUUGCAGGACAGCCCCAUCAUGCGCCUCUCCUUCACACCGAGUCUCUGCAGGGGUCCUUCCUGUCCUUACAGAAACACGCUGUAAAUCAAACGCGUCCUCUGGUGAACGUGCGAAAGGCUGCAGAUUAUGAUUACUUCAUUAGUUAACCAACAUGAUCACUGUGUGUCUUCUUGCAUCAAAAACCUGAAAUAUAUCCAAUAAACUGUUGAAGAACUCCCCAAAUAUUCACAUUUGAGACGCUGAACGCAGAACAUGUUGCCCUUUUUCUCUUUUAAAAUUGCUUAAAAACAUGAAUGGAUUGUGGAAAUGAUUGCUGCUCUGUGUGUGUUAUGCAUUGUUUACCAAAAAUGCAUAAUGUUAGUUUUUAAAUCCCCCUAAAAAAAAGGAUUGACUAUAUAACGAGAUCAAAAAUCAUCCCUACUUUUAUUUAUUUGCAUUUCUCAAAAUGACUCUCAGCCUAUAUGCACUGCCCACUUUGAAGCAGAGAGGAAAGGAUAUUUAGAUCUGUAGUGUGAAAUAAAUCCAUCUUCAGGGCUGUGAGGGAGUGCGGCCGUCUCUCUGAUCUCAUGUUUCUCCAAAAUGUGGUUUGUUUGUUUGUUUGUUUGUUUGUUUGUGGCACAGAGCUCCUGUUCGUCUCCACAGGUGCAUUGAAAGGAUCCCAUUAUGAUUUGAUUUCAUGUGGGACAAAAUGUUGUCUUUGCACAAAUGCAUUUUGGUCAUUAAGGGGUUGUUUUUGACCAAUCAGGAUCAAGCAGUGUCCGUGUGAUCAGGUGUGAAUCUGCAGAAACUCUAAGACUUCAGAGGUGCGUCAGGUGUGAGUAACGGCACAUGUUGGGGCUGAGAGGAGGAUCUAUUUAAUGUGUAAUGUUAAUAUCAGUGGGGGGGGGGUUAUUUUCUUCUGUCAUUCCAGGAUGAGUCUGCCUUAUUUCCAAACUUUCGAUUGUGAGCAUCGGUUGUAAAGUGUUUUAUGACUAAAUUAAAGUUUUUUUAAAACUGGUGAAAACGAAAGUCCUUUCUUCCUGAUGAUUCAACUGAUGAUGUUCAGAAAGCUCUUUAUUUUCACCCUCUGUCUGAAACCAGAGCCCAGUCUGCUCUGUUGUGAUUGGUCAACCUGCUUAGAGAUGUCCCGCCCCUUAUCCCCGCCUGUCACGUACAAUGUGUUCCAUAGUGAUGUCACUAUGAUCAGGAAGUAAACAAAGGAGUCCAAUAGAGGCGUUUCAGACGGGGGACACAGGGAUUUGAGCCUCUGCAGACCAUUGACAUGCACUAACACCUAUAGAAGUACAGGAGAAGGAGAAUGUAAUGACUGGAUGUCUGAGGUGUUUCAGUUUCCCUCCUGACUGAAACGUGUAAGAGGCUUUCCUCCGCUGGCGGGAUGUUUCCCCGCUCAGGCUCUUCUCUGUGGAGGCUGAGCUGUCGAUAUCUCUGUAAUCUGCCGUCCGUCCGCUCUGACAACAUGUUGUGUGAAUUAAUCUGAUACUCUGAGCCGCGUGCUAACCUCUCUCUCCAUCCUCUUUACAGCCCCCGCCCAGAUGUGGCUCUCUGUACCUGCUCAGUAAUCUGAACAGCUCUUACUGGAUAUCGAGCGGCUUCAGAUUCCUAAAGCUCCCUCCCUGCUCCUCUUCCUCUCAGUCUGCCCGCAGCUCUUAUCGGCGGCUGCGUUAUUCCACCCUGCUGAGCUAUCGGGAUUCCUCUGCAGCUCGAUGCGUUGUGGGAGUGAUUGUUAUUGACUCUCUGUGUUGUUGUUGUUGUGUUGCGGCCCCUCCUCUCCGGGCUGAGGAUGUUCUCCUCUUCGUCCAGGAGCUCUCUAUUCUCGCCCUGGUCGUCCAUGGAGCAGUCGGACAGCGAAGCGCUGGACAUCAGCACCAAGGUGCAGCUGCACGGCGUCCUGUGGAAGAGACCCUUCGGACGGCCGUCUGCCAAGUGGUCCCGCAGAUUCUUCAUCAUCAAAGACAGUUUCCUGCUCUACUACGCAGAGAGCGAGAAGAGGAGUUUCGAGAGCAGCAGGAUCUUCAACAUCCAUCCUAAGGGAGUGAUUCCUCUGGGAGGAUGCGUGGUGUCGGCUAACGAGAACAUGGGGAUGCCCUUCGCCAUCGUCAUCAACCUGGAGGACUUCACCGGCACCAUCGUGCUGGCUGCUGAGGCGGAGGCGGAGCAGCUCCAGUGGAUGGAGAUGCUACAGGACUCUGGGAAAGUCACGUGGAAGAACUGUCAGCUGGGCGAGGCGAUGAUCGAGAGUCUGGAGGCUCAGGGGCUGCAGCUGGCCAAGGAGAAGCAGGAGUACCUGGACAAGCUGAUGGAGGAGACGGAAGAGCUGAGUCAGCAGAGAGCCCAGAGAGAGGAGCUGGAGCGUCUGAACCAGGUCCUGGAGGAGGAGAAGAUGAAGUUUGAGGAGGUGGUGGUGGAGCUGAAAGCGGAGCAGGAGAAUAUCAAACUAGACCUGGACGGCACGGCUCAGUCCCUGCGGGGGGUGGAGACGGAGAAGGAGGAGCUGAGCAGUCUGACUGUCCGGCUGCAGAAGUCCAUCGAGGAGCUCUCUCAGGAGAAGCAGAGGACUCUGGAGCUGCUGGGGCUGAAGGAGCAGCAGCAGCAGGAGGUGAAGGAUAAGGAGGAAGAGGAGGAGGAGGAGGAAGAGGAGGAGGUUCAGAAGCCUGAGGGCGGGGGGGAUCCUGAGGAGGUGGACCUGCUGCAGGACCUGAAGCACAUCGAGGACCAGAUGAAGAUCCUGCUGAAGGAGAAGGGGACGGCCGAGGAGAAGCUCAGGGACAACGAGCAGCGCUCCCUGGUCCUGCAGCAGGAGAGGGAGUUCUUCUCGUCUCAGGCCAGAGCUCUGCAGCAGUCUCUCUCUCAGCUCACUGUGGACAAGCAGCAGACCGAGGCCGAGCUCAAGGCGGAGAUCGAGUCCCGGGUGGAGCUGGAGAAGCGGCUGCACCAGGCAGAGGAGGCUCUGCAGGAUCUGGAGAAAGGCCUGGAGUCUCUGGAGCGGACCAAAGAGACGGAGGAGAAGAUGAAGGGCGACGUCACCCAGCUCAGGAGGUUCUUCGAGGACUGCAUCAGCGCCGCGGAGAUCGAGGCGAAGCUGCCGGCGAUCAUGAAGAACGCCGUGUACCUGCACAAAGCGGCCGCCCGCAGAAUCAAGAGCUGCCGGAUCCAGAGGAGGGCCUCCAGACGCCACUGGUUGAAACACUCCAAGUCCUUCGCGGUGGCGAGCGCCGACGACAGCAGCAUGGAGGAGCUGCGUGAGACGGCCCGGCGGCUGACCUCUGACAGCAGCUUCAGGGAGAGCGUCUACAAGAUCAUCGCUCGGCAGGACGCCGCCAGUAAACCGGAGGACUGAAGGAGGAAACUGACCUUCUCCACCUCGAACGAGUAGAGAUCCUGACCACACGCGCUGUAGAGGGGGAGGUCUGAGGGCUCCCACUGGUUUCAUUUAGCCAGAGUAUUUAUUAGAGGUGCAAACACAGCAUGAUACUCAUUCAUAUAUUUAGCACAUAGCACACGCGGCAGAUCUUGUAAAAUGUUUGUUUUUAUUGUUCUGGUUCUGAUUGGAUGCACAGGAAACAAUGGACUCACACACGUUGGGAUUUCCACCUGUCAUUAUUGCUACAUCUUUAAAAAAUGUCUCCUGGACGAAGCAUCUCCUGAAUGAUAGGUGAACACCGGAACUGAGGGAGGGGGGAGGGGGGAACAGGAUGGACUGAACAUGCCUUGAUGCUAAUAAAGCUUGGUUUGAACCUGGAGCAUGUGCAGGUGGAAGGCCGUGGGUUUCUAGAAAUGGCGCUGGGACUGGUGUUAAACAACAAAACGCUCUGUUGAUAUGGAUGUUGGGUUUCCCUCGCUGAUGGAGGAAGAGGAGGAGUUAGCGUCACCAGCUCUCAGCAGGACCUGCGAGAUAUAAGACAUAGAUGAGGUUCAGUCAGAACACAGUGUGCAGAAACAGCUGAAGAAAGGGCUUCACAGAAACACAGACCAUUCACAGAUACUGUUCCCCGUUAAUGAUCACACACAAACACAUGCACACACAGAAAUAAAAGAAGACUCGAAAACAAUUCAGUUAAAAGCUAAAUUAAAAACGAGGGUCUUGAGUUGAGCUGCCUUGAAUAAGAUGAAGACGCCUCACUACGUCUGUGCUUUCUCUUUUGGUUUGUGGAGAAACUCGUGCACUAACCCCCCCUCUGCUCACCUGAGGGUCUCACACACAUGAAGAAGCUUGACUCUUAACGAGGCACACCUGUUAAUUGAAAAACCUGACUGACAGACGCCGGGCUACUCUGAAGAGUCUAAAAUCUGUAUUAGUUUACUACAUAAUUCCAUGUUUCAUAGAGGUGAUGUGUUCAGUAUUCAUUUACAAUGUUGAAAAUAUUAAACUAAAUAAAAACCGU